AUGCACGGAGUCGCCCGCGCUGCAGCCACCAGCGUGAACGCCGACUGCUGCAUCCCAGCAGGCCUACGCUUCGGGCCCGUGCCUGGCACCUUCAAACUGGGCAAGUACCUGUCAGACCGCAGGGAGCCCGGGCCCAAGAAAAAGGUGCGCAUGGUGAGAGGGGAGCUAGUGGAUGAAUCCGGGGGCUCCGCUCUGGAGUGGAUAGGGUUAAUUCGGGCAGCCAGGACCCCCCAGGAACAGACUCUGGAAGCUGUUGCAGACUUACCCGGAGGACAGAUCUUCUACCAAGCACUUCGAGAUGUCCAGCCAGGGGAGGAACUGACUGUGUGGUAUUCCAACUCCUUAGCUCAGUGGUUUGACAUCCCCACGACGGCAACUCCAACGCACGAUGAGAAAGGGGAGGAGCGCUAUAUUUGCUGGUACUGCUGGAGGACGUUUAGAUACCCCAACAGCCUUAAGGCUCACCUACGCUUCCACUGCGUGCUCAGCGGCGGCGGCGGCCGCGCCUUCCUGCACCAAGAGCACGUGGCUCGCCAACGCGACACCCCGGAUGGACUCCACCUCUCCCCGAAACCUUCGGCUCCCAAUUUUGCCGGGACCGUCCAGGUGGACUCUCUGCGGCCCCAUCCGCAGAGACUGCCGCCUCCUCAGGCCUGCGGGACGCGGGAGGGCAUCAAACGCGAGGCGUCCUCCGCGUCCUCGGCAACCUCGCCGUCCCUGGGCAAGUGGGGGCCGCCCAAAAAGGGCAAAGAGCAACCGGAGCGCGCUCUGGACAUGAGUGGAACCACCCGUGGAAACGGCCACUUCCUUGGCAUUGUGGGCGGCUCCACUCUUGGGGGAGGCGGCCUGGCCUUCUACCCUGGCGUGCGCUCUGCCUUCAAGCCGGCUGGUUUAGCCAGGGCGGCCACGGCUGCUCAUGGCGACCCCUACCGGGAGGAGGGGACUGGCAAGUCCGGGACCGGCCUGGCCUUAGGCAGGCUGCUGGGUGGGGGACGGCAUGCUGGCCGUCCUCGGAGCGGGGAGAACCCGGCGGGCGGCACCAGCCACCACCAUCAUCACCACGCGCACCACCAUCACCACCACCACCCAAAGUGCCUGCUCACGGGUGACACGCCGCAGCCCCCUAGCCUACCCUGCUCAGGAGUUCUGCGCGGCUUUCCUUUGCUCCCAGGUCACCCGGAUGAAGCUUCUGCCUUCAAGCACGUGGAGCGCGCCCCGUCUGCCACAACAGCGCUGCCGGGCGCGCGUUACGCGCAACUGCCCCCCUCGACCGGGUUGCCUCUUGAACGCUGCGCGCUGCCAACCCUGGACGCAGGCGGAUUCAAGACAUAUCCAGGUGGCGAAUGUAGCCACCUGCCCACUGUCAUGCCGGCCUUCACAGUCUACAACGGGGAGUUGGUCUAUGGGUCCCCGGCGGCCGCCGCUUAUUACCCGCUCAAACUGCACUUCGGCGGGCUAUUGAAGUAUCCGGAAUCCCUCUCAUACUUCAGUGGGUCCGCAGCGGCGGCGGCGGCCGCCUUGAGCCCCGCUGAACUGGGCUCCCUGGCCAGCAUCGACCGGGAGAUAGCCAUGCACACUCAGCAGCUGUCGGAGAUGGCGGCCGGGAAGGGUCGGGGUCGUCUGGACACGGGGACUCUGCCCCCGGCUGUGGUGGCGGGCGGCGCAGGGGGCGGAAGCAGCGGGGGCGGCGGCACGGGCAAGCCCAAGACGGGCCACCUGUGCCUCUACUGCGGCAAGCUGUACUCGCGGAAGUACGGGCUCAAGAUCCACAUGCGGACGCACACGGGCUACAAGCCGCUGAAGUGCAAAGUGUGCCUGCGGCCCUUCGGCGACCCCAGCAACCUUAACAAGCAUAUCCGGCUGCACGCGGAGGGCAACACACCCUACCGCUGUGAGUUCUGCGGCAAAGUACUCGUACGCCGCCGGGACCUGGAACGCCACGUCAAGUCCCGACACCCGGGCCAGAGUCUGCUCGCUAAGACGGGCGACUGCCCAGGCGCCGAGCCUGACUACCCCCCAGAGCCCGGAGAGCACAAGAGUGACAAUGACAGCGACGUGGAUGUCUGCUUCACCGACGACCACAGCGACCCAGAAGCCGGGGGCAGCGGCGAGCUCGAUUCGUAA